AUGGAGUACAUCGAUCAGUACGCAGACAAGUACUUUGACGGCCAUGACCUUCAGGAAUGGUUAACCCAUCACGCAGAUAUUUGCAUCUACAUCGCCGCUCUUUAUCUUGCCUUCGUCUUCAAGGGACCUGACCUGGUCGCGAAGGUGGUCCCGCAGACUAAGUCCUCCAUCGCGGUUAUAAAGAAAAUCUGGGCGGUAUGGAAUCUGACGCUGUCAGUAUUCUCUCUGUAUGGCUCGCUUCAUAUUACACCUCUACUGAUUCAGAACUUCAGACAACGCGGCAUGCGUGAUACCCUUUGUACGCUGGAGGAAGAUGAAUUCUUCUCAACCAGGUAUGGCUUUGCGAUGGCAUUAUUUGCUAUCUCGAAAUUCCCCGAGUUCAUGGACACCUUCUUCUUGAUCCUGACGGGGAAACGCAACCUGCCGUUCUUAUCGUGGUUCCACCAUGUUACCAUUUUUAUCUACUGCUGGUACGCAUACCAACAAGGUUCCAGCAUCCUCGUCAUCUUCGCCUCUAUGAACUAUGUGGUGCACACCAUCAUGUACUUCUACUUUGCCCUUGCGGAGGCUGGAUACAAGAACCUUGUGAAGCCCUUUGCCAUGUACAUCACCCUUCUCCAGAUUCUCCAGAUGAUUGGCGGUCUGUACAUGACAAGCGCUUUCAUUAUCUAUAAAUCUGAGAACAAUGGCGUUGGGUGCGAAGGCGCGACAAUGGCACUUGCUCGUGGGCAAAUGGUAAUUUAUGCUUUCUGCUUCUAUCUAUUUUCCAAAAUGUUUGUUGAGAACUACGUCUUUACGCCUAAGAAAGCGACCCUCGGUGGAAGUAGUAAGAAAAAGUAA